UACAAUUCCUUAUCGAAUAAGAGUGAAUAUUCAGUGUAAACGAAGUGAAAUUUACAUAAAAAGCGUGUUUUCGGAGGAAGUUUCUGGUGCUUGAUGCAUUAAGUUUUUCGGAACAUUUCGGUUACAAGCAGUUGGUAGCGCAGACGUAAACAAUUCGCCUAGGACGCACGGAUAAACAUGACACAGCAACUGAAAGAUCAGCUCAAGUUUGAUAUCGAAUGGGGGCACGAGAGACUGGUACGGGCACAGCAAACGGUGGAGGUGCGGCCUUUCGAUGUCGAGUCGUGGUCACUGUUGGUGCGCGAGGGCCAAAGCCGGCAAGUCAACGAGGUUCGCUCGUUGUACGAAUCGCUGGUUUGCGUGUUUCCUACGACUGCCCGCUACUGGAAAGUGUACAUCGAGCAGGAGAUGAAAUACCGCAACUACGAACGCGUUGAAAAACUGUUCCAACGCUGUUUGGUGAAGAUCCUGAACAUCGACCUGUGGAAGCUUUAUUUAACGUACGUUAAAGAAACCAAAGCUGGAUUAAGUACUCACAAGGAAAAAAUGGCCCAGGCGUACGACUUUGCGCUUGAAAAGAUUGGCAUGGAUCUGCACUCGUUCUCGAUCUGGACAGACUACAUUACGUUUCUGAAGAGUGUCGAGGCUGUGGGAAGCUACGCGGAAAACCAAAAAAUUACUGCCGUCCGAAAGGUGUACCAACGGGCAGUAAUAACGCCCAUCAUCGGCAUCGAGCACUUGUGGAAGGAUUAUAUUGCGUUCGAACAAAACAUCAACCCUAUUAUAUCAGAGAAAAUGAGUCUAGAGCGGUCACGUGACUACAUGAACGCAAGGCGUGUAGCAAAGGAGUUGGAGAUCGUGACGAAAGGUUUAAAUCGGAACCUGCCGGCCGUUCCACCGACCGUUACGAAAGAAGAAGUAAAGCAGGUUGAGCUUUGGAAAAAGUAUAUAGCAUUCGAAAAAUCAAACCCUUUACGCAGCGAAGACAACGCACUCGUCACACGUCGCGUAAUGUUUGCGAUCGAACAGUGCCUGCUCGUGCUCACACACCAUCCUGCCGUGUGGCAUCAGGCGGCACAGUAUCUGGACCAGAGCUCGAAACUACUGGCGGAAAAGGGGGAUCUCAAUGCUGCCAAAGUGUUCAGCGAUGAAGCGGCCAACAUUUUGGAACGUGCGAUCAAUUCCGUUCUGAGCAGAAAUGCACUGCUCUAUUUCGCCUAUGCCGAUUUUGAAGAAGGACGUUUGAAGUACGAUAAAGUUCAUCAGAUGUACAAUAAAUUCCUCUCGAUCAACGAUGUCGACCCCACGUUGGCAUACAUUCAGUACAUGAAGUUCGCUCGACGAGCGGAAGGGAUUAAGUCGGCUCGGGCCGUGUUUAAGAAGGCACGCGAGGACGCCCGCUCCACUUACCACGUGUUUGUGGCUGCCGCACUCAUGGAGUACUACUGCAGUAAGGAUAAGGAUAUCGCUUUCCGUAUAUUCGAGCUAGGGUUAAAGCGGUUCGGUGGCAGUCCCGAGUACGUCAUGUGCUACAUCGACUACUUAUCGCAUUUGAAUGAGGACAACAAUACCCGUGUACUGUUUGAGCGGGUUCUCUCAUCCGGUGGACUGACGCCACAGCUCUCUGUCGAAGUGUGGAACCGUUUCCUCGAGUUCGAGUCCAACAUCGGCGAUCUGUCGAGCAUAGUGAAAGUCGAGCGACGCCGCAGUGCCGUACUGGAGAAACUGAAGGAAUUUGAAGGAAAAGAAACAGCCCAGCUGGUCGAUCGGUAUAAGUUUCUCGAUCUCUACCCGUGUUCACCUUCGGAGCUGAAGUCCAUCGGGUACACGGACACGCACGGCAUGUUGAGUGUGACCGGUGUUAAACCACCGCCGGCUCCCGUCCCGGAGCAACCGGAACAACCGCAACAAUUGGUGCGGCCCGAUUUCAGCCACAUGAUUCCAUACAAACCGAAGCAGAACGCGUUCCCGGGCGAACAUCCUCUCCCUGGCGGGAGCUUUCCGCAGCCGGCUGCUUUGGCAGCGUUGUGCGCCAUUCUGCCUCCCCCAGUUAGUUUUCAGGGUCCGUUCGUUGCCGUCGAUAAGCUGAUCGAAGUAUUCAACCGUGUUCAACUCCCGGAGGUUCCACCACCGCCAAGUGAUGGCACAGCCGAUGCCCGACUAUUCGAGUUGGCCAAAUCCGUACACUGGAUUGUGGAUGAUAGCACCUACGCGGGUGAAGGCGGCCUUAAGCGACGUCGGAUGGCGCCGGGCGGUGAGGAUAGUGACGAUGAAGGGGUAGCGCCAGCUCCUCCAGCGAACGAUAUCUAUCGCUUGAGGCAGCAGAAACGAUUCAAGUAAAUACAAUUGUAACCGCAUAAACGUGUCCCUUCAGGGGCAAUUUUAGUUAGAUGAGUUGCAUAUGUAAAAUAAACAAUAAGUUAAAAAUGGUGAACCAAUCUUAAUCAUGUUUAAUGUUUUCCGAAAACACUAAUAAAACGUUCAGCGAGGAAACGCCAUAAU